AUGAUAUCAAUAAAGCAAGCUUUAAAUUCUGGAAAUGGUUUGGAAGCUAACCAGACACCAGAGGAGGGAACGAAUCAAGAACAAAAUCCCCAAAGUCCAAAAAAUAAUUCCGAAAAUCAAUCGCAAAAUGGAGAAAUAGCAAGUCCGAACUCUGCCAAAUCUAAUAAAUCUAACAAUAAUUCUGUUAACGUAAGCGGAAAUGCAUCUCAAAGAAGUAAUAAAACAGAAAAAAAUUCAAAUCAAGGCGAAACCGAACAAAAUAACGAUGAAGUUAAAAGUCAAAAUUCUGAGCAACCCGAAAAUAACGAAAAUCAAGAUCAAAACGAUCAAGAAAAUAAUAACGGAGAUACAGCAAUUUCAGACGAAACAUUAGACAAAGUGCAUGGGAUGGUAGAUCAAAAUUUCAUUACAGAGCAAACGAAUACGAAUGAAAAUCCUGAAGAAGAAAAUAAUGAAAAUCAAGAUAACCAAGAAACAGGGGAUAAUAAUUACAUUUCGAUCGAGAAUUAUGAUCCAAAUAAUAAGCAGCCCUUUACGGAACCUGAAACUCUUCAGGCAAUUGAAGAAACGGGUGUUGAAUUUGAUGAUUUGUUUAUGCCUUCUGAUGCAGAGCUUGCUAAGUAUCCUAACGAUCAAGAUAUUCGCGAUGUUGUCUUAAAUCACUAUCAAGAUCGUAUAUCAAGGCUCUCAGAAUACGUAAAAACUCAAAGACAAAAUAUAAUUGAAGCGCAACAGAACAAAAACCAACAAACAAACGACGGAAAUGAAGAAGAACAAGCUAAUGAAGACGAUAAUAGUCGAAUUAUUCAUGAUCCUCGUAAUAGAUACAAAAAAGAAUUUGAAGCAAUAAUUCUUCAAAUGUUGAGAGAAGAAAAGAACCAACAAGACAGUUUGGCGAGGACACAAAGAGAUUUGGAGCGUGAAAAACGUAAAGAAGAGGAAAGACAACAAAAAAUUAAAGAAUCUAGAAUGAAACACAUCCAAAAACUGAAAGAACUCCAAAAGAUGGAAGAAGAAAGGCAAAUUAAUGAAGAACAGAUGAGAAGAGAACAAUACAAGAAAGAACAAGAAGCAAUGCAAGCUCAAAAGAAACUUUUAGAAAAAAGAAAACAAGAUUCGAUCGAAAUGGAAAGAAUUCGAAGAGAAAACAUCAAAAGAGCACAGUUAAGAUUAGAAGACUUAGAAAAGACGAGGAAUGAAGAAAUUAAAGAGAGACAAUUGAAAUUGGAAGACCAAGAAAAGAGAAGAGAAGAAAGACUGGAAGAAGAAGAAAAAGAAAGACAAAGAAAAGCAAAAGAAAACGAACAAAAAGUCAAAGAAUUGAUGCAAAGACAAAAGAAUGCAGAACUUGAGAGAUCCCAAAUAAAGACGGAGAAAAUGCAACAGAGGGAAAGAAGAUCUCAAGAAUGUUAUGAAAAAUACCAAGAAAUGCAAAAACAAAAAUCUCUUUCAUUAAGGAGAGAUUUACAAAUGAAAAUAAAGAGAAAUCAAAACACAAGAAGAUCAUUAUCAAUGCAGGAUGAACAGAACAAGAAACAGAUCAAUGAAAGAUAUUAUAAUAGUCUUCAAAGAAUCAAUAUGUUGAAUGAAGAAAGAAAACAAGCGAAAUCAAGAUGUGUAUCUCGUGAUGCAAGUUUGAGACAAGAUAUGUUGAUAGAAAAGCAACAUAAAGAACAGCAACAAAAGAUAAUGGAACUUGAAAAACAACAGAAGCAUAGAGAAGAAGAACAUCAAAAGUAUAUGGCUGAAUUAAAGAAACAAAGACAGAUAAGACAAAUACAAGCAAGAUUAAAAUCAGAUGAUUGUGAAAUUGCUGCAAGAAGACAGAAAUAUCUAAGAGAAAAGAGAUUGAACGAUGUUCAAAAGAGAUUAGAUGAAAAUGAUGAAAGAAUAGAACGCGAAAAACAAAAGAAACUUCAAGAGCAACAAACGAAGAUCAAGAACUCAGAGAAAAUGGCCGCUCAAGUAGCAAUGAUGAAAUUCGAAAUCGAAGAAAUAAAGAGAUUAGGAAAGAAAGUUGAUAUUGAUAGUUUAGGUCAGAAAUAUGGAAUUGAUGUUGAAGCUUUGAGGCAAAGAGUUUAUUCAAGACAAACAUUGAGUGAAACACUGCCACCUAUCAGACCUAAAUCAAGAGCUUCGUCUGUCAAAUCAACAGAAAGUCAACAAAGUCAAUCUUUUGCUCUUUCUCAACAAAUCACUGAAAAAGUUUCGAAUUUGGGUGAUGAAAAUCAAAACGAAGAGGAAGAGAUGAACCAUUUUCAAGAGGAAGAACAGCAACAACUAGAGGAACAGCCACAACAAAAUCCUGAAGAAGAAGAAAUUCGUCAAAAUCAACCAGAAGAAGAAGAGAAAAAUGAAGAACAAAAUCAAAGUUUGAUGUCAGGUUUGAGAGAAAAAAUCCAGGAUUCUCAGAUGAUGAGUGACAAUCAGAGUGUUAAAUCUGAUAAUCAAGCAAAUUCUGUUAGAUCUGAUAAUAACUCUCCAAGUGGAAGAUCAAAUGGUUCAAAAUCACCAGCUCAAUAA